AUGGUGUUGAAAGUGUAUCCAAAUGGAGAUGGUGUUGGAGUGGGUAAUUCUUUGUCACUCUACUUGUUGAGUGAGUCUAAUGAAAAGGAUUAUGUUCGAGCUAAGCUACGAGUACUCAACCAAGUCCCAUCCAACAAUGUGGAGAAACAAGUUGAGGGAUGGCCCAAUGCAGCAGAAAAUGGAUGGGGUUUCGAGAAGUUUAUACCUCUUGCAGACCUUAAAGAUGCAUCCAAAGGUUUUGUCGUGGAAGAUUUGCUUGAGGUUGAAGUUGAGAUCAUUGCCUUCUCUAAAACAGAUUCUUUCUAA